UAGUACGAAUGGUCCCGAAGCCUCACGAAAGCUUACGAGCGGUUCCUCCUCGCUGUCUAAGAGGCUGAUCUGACUGUGGCCACUGCCCGACAGAGCUGGCCGGCUCUGGGCAGUUUCUCCCCUGCUUCCAACGAAGUUUGGGUUCGCAGACAGACCCUGGCGCCACUGGAUUUUUCCAACCCCCUCUGGGGGGCGGUGAAAGCCGAACCCACACGAGGCCUAGCCGAACUCCGCCGAAUGCCUCCGAGUAGAGUUCUCCGGAGCCUCAGUGCCCGCCUCCUUCUAUCCGAAAGCUCCCGAGUAUUGCCGGACGGGAGAAUCGGGCCUCGGCCACGGUCGGACGCUCGCUGCAGCGCGCGGCGGGCGGAGCGAAGAUGGCGGGAGGGUGCGGCCAAGAGGCUGCUGGGAUUGUGGCGGACCCAGCGGCAAAAUGGCGGCCGUGCGGGCAGGGAAAGGCUCCUUCAAGGUGCUCUCGUCAGUUCCUCUUCAGAUGCUGUUUCACCUCAGUGCGCUGUACUAUGCCCUGUACUUCAUAGCUACACUCCUGAUGAUUGUAUACAAAAGUCAGGUUUUCAGCUAUCCUUGUAACUGUCUGGUCCUGGAUCUGCUUCUCUUGCUUCUGAUGGGAAUUCUCGAAGUAGUUCAGCUAUACCUAGGCACAAAAGGCAAUCUGACGGAGGCUGAAGUGCCACUGGCAGCCAGCCUGGCAUUCACAGCAGUCUGUGGCCUCCUUUCUGUUCACUUCCUACUCUGGCAGACCUUGGUACUGUGGAUAGACUCGGUCCUUAGCACCGUUCUCCUGGUGCUGCAUGGGCUGGAGGCUGGCCUGCAAGUGGUGGUCAUUGCUGGCUUCAUCAGGUAGAUGGGCCAGGGUAACCUGCACAGCAGUGCCCCUCCUUGGCCCAGACAAGGAGGCUGUCUUUUUUAUUGAUUGUCUAUAGAUGGUUUAUACAUCUUUUUAGUGGGGGGAGGGUACAGGAGCCAGGGAGAGACAAACUUAGAAGCUUGAAGAUGGCCAUCAUGGACAAGAGUCUAGUGAAUCCCGGAAAUGUCUACUCAGGUCCUGUGGCUGGGGUGCUGGCUAUAGGGAGACCACCAGUGAUCCCCAGGGCAGUGGAAGGCAAAGCCUUUCAGGAAGUCAUCGGCUGGGAGCAGCCCUGCAUCUCCACCUUGUCUCAGUCCCAGAAACACAGCAUCCUGGCAGGAGUGCUUGGCUGUGCUGGCCUGCCACCAUGUGUUUUCUCACACAGGGAUCACUGACUUCUGUGCUUCCCACACUGGCCCUGGGUCUCGUUCUGAGAGCUUGUUGUACUUAGCUGCCAGACCUUGGUCCCGGGCUAGGAUCCCUCUGGAGCUGCAGGAUGGCAGGCUUUGUGUUCUGGUGUCCCUCCAAUUUGACUCCCCAUCAGGCCAGCCCUGAAUGAAACUGCUUGGUUUCCAAAAGGAAACAAAAGCAAAUGUAUUCCAGGUAUGGUAGCACACAAACCGUUAGUCCCAGCACCCAGGAGGCAAAGAUGGGUAUAUCUUUGUAAGUUCAAAGCCAACCUACGUGGUGUACAUAGUUAUUUGCAAGUCACCCAGGGUUACACAGUGAGACCUUGUCUAAAAAAAAAAAAGUACACAGAGAGCUGGAUAUUAUGGCCAUCUCAGUCACUGUCAUGGGUGGGGGCUGGGGAAGUUCUAGGGAGCAGAAGACAGAAUAAAAGAACAGCUUUUAGUCUAGGAGUCUGGGAGUCACAGUCUGUAGAGUGCCAAGUGAGUUCCAUCUCCUGUUUUUCCUUUCCUAGCCCAUUUCUCCACAAAAAGUAUUUAAGCAGUAUUGUUUUUACAGUUUCGUUGUUAUGUGUUUUCUGUUUAUGAUGCUAUGUUCAAAUAUCUAGCUUCUCUUUUAAAAAAAUAAAUAAGUAGUUAUUCUGUCA